AUGCGCACCCAUAAUCCAACGUGGCAGGAUGUGCAACAGUUGUUAGAUACUUUGUUGACUCCUGAGGAAAAGGAGAAGUGGAGAACUGCGAUUCAAGGAGUGUCAGGGGAGAUUCUAGGGCGUUCGGUCUUACAGCCUGUCACAUGUGUGUUUGAGGGCUCAAAGAUUCAACACGAGUUCUUAUUUGUCCCCAAAUGUCCGGUUUCCAUGCUAGGUAGGGACCUACUUAGCAAGCUAGGGGCCACUAUUUCUUUUGAUGAGGGACGACAAACACUUCAGAUUAAACACCAGCCAGAGGCAAUGUGGAGAUUGAUGGUUAACAGGACUGUGGAAGAGGAGGUUGUGGAUGAGACAUGGAGUGAGUUUGGAGUGCCGGGGCUGUGGGCUGAGGAUAACCCCCCUGGUUUCGCAGCUCACCACCCCCCUGUGAUUGUGGAAAUGAAACCUUUAGCAAUGCAGAGAUCUUGCUCCAAGGAGGCUAUAACUGCUAUAUAUGAGAGCAUCCAAAACUAUUUAAAAGCAGGCAUUUUGGUGCCCAUCCAAUCACCUUGGAACACCCCUAUUUUGCCUAUUAAAAAGCCCGAUGGUUCCUUUCGACCAGCACAGGACCUAAGACUCAUAAACUCCAUAACUGUCACGAUCCAUCCUGUUGUGCCCAACCCCUACACGUUGUUGAGCUUGAUUCCUCCAACUGCAAAGUGGUUUUCAGUUGUGGAUUUGAAAGAUGCUUUUUUCACGAUUCCUAUUCACAAGGCUAGCCAGCCGUUGUUUGCUUUUGAGUGGGAAAAUCCAAAUACUGGGCAAAAAGCACAGUAUACCUGGACCAGGCUGCCACAGGGCUUUAAAAAUUCACCUACCCUGUUUGGAACAGCCUUAGCAAAAGAUUUACAGCAUUUUGUGCCCCGACAGAGGGGUGACACGCUUCUGCAAUAUGUAGAUGAAGUGCUGGUGACAGGCAGAACUGAAGAGACAUGCUGGGAGAACACGGAAUCCCUCUUACAUUUAUUGUUGAAGUGUGGCUAUAGGGCUUCCAAAAAGAAGGCACAAUUAGUCAGACGGAAAGUGAAGUAUUUAGGGUAUGAGAUUGAGGAGGGGCAUAGGGCUUUAAGCUGGGAGAGGAAACAAGCUGUGCUAGCUAUUGCUGAACCCCUUAAUAUGCGGCAACUGAGGGGCUUUUUAGGUCUGGCAGGGUUUUGCAGGAUAUGGAUACCAAAUUUUGCUCUAUUAGCAACACCUCUUUAUUCAGCUACAAAAGGAGGUGAUAGAGAACCUUUUGAAUGGGAGGGAGAACAAAAGAAUGCCUUUAGGGAAGUGAAACGAGCCCUCACAUCAGCUCCAGCUUUAGCCUUGCCUAACUUAGAAAAGCCUUUCAAUUUGUAUGUUGAUACCAGGAAGAAUGUUGCCUUGGGGGUGUUAACUCAACAAUUAGGACAGUGGCAACGCCCGGUGGCUUACUUAUCUAAGCAAUUAGAUGGGGUUGCCCAAGGCUGGCCACAUUGUCUGAAGGUUCUUGCUGCUAUAGCAGUCCUUUUACAGGAUUGUAAUAAAUUGACCUUCUCAUGUCCCAUAAGUGUCCACACCCCUCAUGCAGUUCAUUUUAUCUUGGAUAAUAAAGGGCAUUUGUGGAUCAGCAGUCAAAGGCUUUUUAAGUAUCAGGCGAUGAUGAUUGAAAAUCCUCAAGUGAAAUUAGUGGUGUCUAACCGGCUAAACCCUGCCACCCUAUUGCCCACAGAAGUGGAUUCAGAACACAACUGCUUGCAAGUUUUGGAAACUGUAUAUUCAAGCCGUCCGGAUUUAUCUGAUAUUCCUCUUCAGGAUGCUGCCCUGAAUUGGUAUACAGAUGGCUCGAGUUACAUGCAGGAUGGGAGGAGGGUUUCUGGAUAUGCGAUUGUGAAUGAUGAGGAAGUGGUGGAAAGUAGUCCGCUAGGAGCAAGCUGCAGUGCUCAAGUGGCAGAAUUGUGGGCAUUAAUUAGGGCAUUGGAAAGAGCUGAAGGGGAAACUUUAAAUGUCUGGACAGAUAGUAAAUAUGCUUUUUUGACUCUGCAUGCUCAUGAGGCUGUGUAUAAGGAAAGGGGAUUCAGGGAUUCUGCGGGCAAACAUGUGUUGCAUGGACAUUUGAUCAAGCGACUUCUCGAUGCUGUGCAGAAACCAGCAAAAGUUUCUGUGAUGCAUUGCAAAGGACAUCAGCAAGGGGUGGAUCGGGUGGCUCAGGGGAAUAGAAGAGCUGACUUGGAAGCUAAGAAGGUGGCAAUGAAAACAGGGCCCAUUCCUGAUCUGUCAAUAUGUGUGGCAAUAGACAAAGGGGACUUGCCUCCUAUCAUUAAACCAACAUACUCUCAGCAGGAGUGUGUGAAAGCAGUGAAUGAUCUCAAAGCUACUAUUAGGGAUGGGUGGUAUCUUUUGCCUGAUGGACGUAUUUUUGUCCCUCAAUCUUCAGCAUGGGCUUUACUUCAGACAGCACAUGAAACAACACACAUGGGGAAAACUGGAUUGGAUGCUGCUAUUGGGAGGGAUUACUAUGUACAUGGGUCGGCUGGGAUAGCUGCUCGAGUGGUUUCACAAUGUGGCAUCUGUGCUAAGGUCAAUCCUCGACAAGGGCCCCUACUACCACCUGGGACCAUACCUGUUUCUUACUUUCCUAUGGACUCUGUCAUGGUUGACUUUACAGACAUGCCAAGAUGUGGACUAUACAAAGCUUUAUUGGUAUUUGUGGAUAAAUACACUGGCUGGCCAGAGGCUUUCCCUACAAAGACUAAACAAGCCAGGGAAGUGGCAAGACUAUUGUUAAAAGAACUAAUACCUCGUUUUGGUUGCCCGUCUUUUAUUUCCUCUGAUAAUGGUCCUGAGUUUGUUCAUCAAGUUAAUCAAGCAGUGGCUACUGCUGUGGGAUCCAAAUGGCGGUUUCAUUGUGCUUUUCAUCCUCAGUCCGGUUCGAAUUCUGAACGAAUGAAUCGCACACUGAAAGAGAAAAUUACUAAGAUCUGUGCUGAAAGUCACCUGAAAUGGCCUGAUGCAUUGCCCUUAGCUCUCUACGCUGUGAGAUGUGCUCCACGUAGACAAUACAACCUAUCCCCAUAUGAGCUGAUGUUUGGGCGUCCUCCUACGCUGCUGAGAAGAAGUUUAGCUGGAUGGCCUGAUUUGGGCCAUCAGGGGGGAACCACCUCCCCUAACACCACACGAUACAAAAGGGCCGAGUUACUAACAGAGGAUUGUGAGUCAUCCCGCACUCUUCUAAAUGCAGCAGAAUACAAUGCUUUGGCUGUCUCAUUAGUGGGAGUUCCUGCACUUGAUCUGAGGGCCCAUGUCAAUAUAAAUUCUGUGGCCUGCAACUUGGCUAAAACUAUAAAUGCCACUUCAAUAGCCUUGUCUGCCAUCAAUCAGGAGAUGAUAGAAUUACGCAAGGCCAUUUUGCAAAAUAGGGCAGCCAUCGACUAUCUUUUACUUCGCCAACAUAUGGGAUGUGAGGCCUUUGAGGGGAUGUGUUGUUUUAACCUCUCAGAUCAAUCCCCCGUCAUAAAUAAACAAAUCAAAGUACUCCAUAAAAUGGCCUCAGAGCUGCAAAUAGAUUCCCUGGGAAAUUGGUGGAGUAGCUUAUGGUCUUGGCUCCCAAUAGGCCUUAUUGGAAACAUCAUAAGAGCAGUAAUCAUUUUUAUGGCUAUUCUAAUCAGCAGCUGUUGUCUUCUGCAAUGUACCUUUUCAAUGAUGCACAACAUAACACUACCUAAACGAGUGUCCCUGCUUGCAGAGAGAAAAGCUACAGCUCAGGUUAUGGCUAUGUGGGAAUUCCAGAGACAAGAGUAUAACAACAUACAUACCUCAGACCCCAGUGUUACAGAAUGA